GUGAGAUCGCGCGAAACACUGCCCUCUUAUCAACAAAAUCCGAAUGAUCCUCCGUAUUUUGAAAAUCUCAGAAAAAAACAACUAAAAUGUUUCUCAAUAGAAAAUGAGUGAAAUUUUUCACUUGCUUUUUCCUUUUCUUCUUGGCUGCUGUUCUUCUUCUCCUUCUCCUUCUUCUUCUUCUACAACGUCUCUUUCAGGUCUGAAUUAAUCCCCCCCCGUAAAAUUCGGGCCGCCAUGUCCUCCUCCAUUGCCACUGCUGCAGCCCUUUCUCUUCCCAUUUCUCUUGGUGCUUCUUCCAAGUCUGGCUCCAAAAGGUUUGUGAGGGGAGGGUUUAGAGUAUUUGCAGUGUUUGGAGAGGAGGGGACGUCCGUCGAUAAGAAAAGCCCGUGGUAUCCUCUGUUUCAUGUAGAGGAUCCAAGAUCUAAAGUUCCCCAAAGCAAAGGGAAGUUCUUGGAUGUAAAUCAGGCAUUAGAAGUUGCAAGAUAUGACAUACAGUACUGUGAUUGGCGAGCACGGCAAGAUGUUCUUACUAUCAUGCUCCUCCACGAAAAGGUAGUAGAAGUAUUAAACCCUCUCGCUCGUGAAUUUAAGUCUAUUGGUACUAUGAAAAAGGAGCUUGCAGAGUUGCAAGACGAGCUUGCUCAAGCCCACAAGCAGGUGCAUAUAUCUGAAUCAAGGGUAGCAGCUGCUUUAGAUAAACUAGCUUACAUGGAGACAUUGGUCAAUGAUAAGUUGCUUCAAGAUACACUGAGAUCAGAAGAUAAUUGCCUGCGCUCUUCCCCCAGCACUUCUCAAGAAUCUGUUGAAAAUGCAAAAGCGAAGCUGCAAAGGAGAACUUUGAAUGUUUCUGGUCCUGUGCAGCCCUAUAACCCUUGCCUGAAGAACUUCUGGUAUCCUGUUGCUUUCUCUUCAGACCUAAAGAAUGACAAAAUGAUCCCAAUUGAUUGUUUCGAGGAGCCAUGGGUAAUCUUUCGAGGUAAAGAUGGAAAACCUGGAUGUAUCCGUAACACUUGUGCCCAUAGAGCCUGUCCACUUGACCUCGGUACAGUAAAAGAUGGUCGAGUACAGUGUCCUUAUCAUGGUUGGGAAUACUCAACUGAUGGGAAAUGUGAAAAAAUGCCUUCGACAAAAUUUCUCAAUGUAAAGAUCAAGGCGUUGCCAUGCUUUGAGCAAGAUGGAAUGAUAUGGAUAUGGCCCGGCAGUGAUCCUCCAACGGCUAGUAUACCUUCUUUAUUACCACCUUCAGGAUUUCAAAUACACGCUGAGAUUGUCAUGGAGCUUCCGGUUGAACAUGGACUACUAUUGGACAAUCUGUUGGAUCUAGCGCAUGCUCCUUUCACCCACACAUCCACUUUUGCCAAGGGAUGGAGCGUACCGAGCUUGGUUAAGUUUUUAACACCUGCCUCUGGACUCCAAGGAUAUUGGGACCCCUACCCUAUAGACAUGGAAUUUCGACCACCUUGUAUGGUUUUGUCCACCAUUGGAAUCUCAAAGCCAGGAAAGUUAGAGGGGCGGAGCACUGAUCAAUGUACUACACAUCUUCACCAACUACAUGUGUGCUUACCUGCGUCGAGACAAAAGACCAGAUUAUUAUACAGAAUGUCACUGGACUUUGCUCCAGUGCUGAAGCAUAUACCUUUCAUGAAGAACUUAUGGAGGCAUUUUGCUGAACAGGUAAUCUAUCUCUCUUCGUGCAAAAUUUCUCUGAUAGAAUGACAUGCACCUUCAAGGGCUGCAUUACUACGAUGUUGCCCCAUUAAAAAAUCAAAAAUAUGGAUUGACAUUUAUCUUAUGCUUAUCCAAUACAAUUUGUGUGUGUUUUUUUUCUUUUACUUUUAAAGCAUCCAGCCAAAUCAGCUGGUCAUGAUUUUGGAGUUAAAACAUUGAAGUCUUUAGGAUGCUAUCGACUUAGUUUUUGUCUCAUUCCUUUAUCUACCAUCUGCCCAGUAUGUUUUAAUUUCUUCAUGUGUGCUUCAAUGCUCCUGCAGGUUUUAAAUGAAGACCUAAGACUUGUAGUUGGUCAACAAGAGAGAAUGCUCAAUGGUGAUAAUAUUUGGAACAUGCCAGUGUCCUAUGACAAGUUAGGGGUAAGAUAUAGGAUGUGGAGAGAUGCAGUGGACCGAGGAGAAAAACAACUGCCUUUCAGCAAAUCAGUAUAGCCGGGUUCCAAUGGUUUCAAAGUUCAACUCUACACGAAAUAAGCCAUCGAAAAUCUUGCCAGCAGCCCAGAUGAUUGUUUAUUUCCUCUAACUGGUGGCUAAUUUUACCUGUUCGUUGAUAAGAGUUUCACUUCUCAGACGGGAACUGUGUUAUACUACCUGAGGCAGCAAGAGAUGGUUUUGGUUUCGGAAAUAACAGAUUGUGAACUGAUGAAACUGUGCACUUAUUGUUUUUGGAUGUGCAGUGUACAGCUACUUAGGCUUUUUCUUAGCUCUCCUCUAAUGCCGGUUAUGGCGCCCUUCCUUUUGUUCACCCCAGAAUGCUUAUGCUAACUUCUUUUCUCUGCAGUCAUCUCAUUGAAAAGACUUCAUCCUGAAAUGCUCAAGCACAGGAAAAUGUACAUUUUAUGUAUCAUACGGAGACCUCUGUUGAUGAAAUUGAAAAUUCAUUGUUAACUGAAUCUGAUUUUCAUAAACUCUAGUCUUCAUAACGCAACAGAAUUCUCUUCUCCGCCUCUUCAUAUAUAAAUUGAUUUACAUGAUGCCACUGGCCAAUUGUCCUUUGAAAAUUUAUUGCUGUUUAAACUUCUU